CUCGACUUCCCCGUCUUUACUUCUUUUAAUAGAAUCUUUUCCUAUCCUCUCCCAAUGGGUGGAGCUAGGGGCAAAAAAGAAGACCAGAAAAGAAAAAAGAAAAAUAAGGGAUUGGAAUGAGCCCACAGACUAUACCCAAAUAACCCAAAUAUAGCUCAAGUUUUACCAGGAUAUAGCCAGGUUAGUCUAGUAAAGCUUUCACUUUUCAACCAAAUGUAGUUAGGUUUUCAUCUGAAAGCCAAGACAACAUUUCACCGACUUUUUCACUGUGUCUUCAGUCGGUAACAUAGUUGUAGCUAUGUUCACUUAGCAUUUCUUCCAAGUCAUCAUUGCAUGUGUGUCAUUAAGAUGUCUCUACUCACUCACACUGACAACACAUUCAUACGUAAACCGCUCAACUGUCGUACCCAUAACAACCGUAUGACAACCGUACUGUACUGUCGUUCUCUAUAUAACAUCCCCCCCGCUCUUUAAAACCAAACCACAACCAGAUGUUUAUCUUGGAACCUGAGAAAGCAUUUUAAGUAUGUCGGAUGACGGCGUUGUGGUCGACCUUCCACUACCACAGGCUGUGGCCCAGCUCAAAUGCCCGAACAAAGGUCCAGUGGUGGAUGAGGAGGCUGAGGGCAUGGUGUAGGUUGUGGAAGACUUGGUAAGUGCUCAGCUAGAGAAAGACCAGGAGUGGUGGCUGGGGAGCUUUGAGAGCGUGGGGUGACCUGCGUUUAAGCCCAGUGAAAGAAGAGCCUGCUCCAUCAUCUUCUGCCCUGCUGGCCUCUGGCGGUCGUUCUACAACGACGACCAUUGCUAUAUCGAUGCUGCCUGCUAGCUAGAAUAUGUGAAGAUGAAGAUUCUAAAAUGACCUCAUCCUUACUUCGGUCAACAAAUUUGAUCCGGGCUCAAAAAUUAUACGGGUGACGUAAUGAACGGUCUAAAACAGCUGAUAGAACGUCCGUUGCUAUACCUAUGUUUGCAGCUCGACGAAGAGGUGUAGAUAUUCCGAAAAUGACCAAUUAAUUCUUCCUGGUUUAUUGGCCAUUUUCGCGAUCGUUUUAGUAAAUAAUGUCUUUUGCAUCCUUCAGCUAUGGGAAUAUGAGUGUGUGGGUAACUCAAGGUGGAUUACACUGAUUAUAUAAACUUUUUUCUGUUCUCCACAGAAAGACGUUAGCUAACGUAAGUAGUGCGCAUCAAACAAAAAUGGCUGCGGAAGGGGAAGACACUGAGAGAAAAGUUGACAGUUUGGCUGUUAAAAUGCUCUUUAAUCAAUAUAUUUGUUCUUACCCAGGUGAGCAGCUAAUCAGCUACAGUAGCUCGCAGCUUUAUACCAGAGUUAUACCAUUUGUAUGAAAAGGCAUUGGUGGUGGACAACAUUUAAAUUGAAAAUUAUUUAACAGUACCUGUUCUCUGCAAACAUAGUUUCAGUGUGCCUUCACCUUGUCUCACAGUGACACAUUAAAUUGAUCACCACAUCCUGAAAUUUCUUUGUGAUUAAUCACAAGUUCCUGUAAUGUUUUUUUGUGUGAAUCACAACUUCCUGUGAUGUUUUUGUGAUUGUUAAUGUUGGUCCCGCCUCUCUGCAGCGCUGGCGUGGGACGGACAGGCACCUUCAUUGUCAUUGAUCGACUUCUUCUCUUUUGUGUCCAGAAUACAAAGAAUCAGCGCUCUCAGAUGAUCCAGACUGAUAUGCAGUACUCCUUCAUCUAUCAGGCCCUGCUUGAAUACUACCUCUACGGACACAUAGAGAAGGACAUAUCCUCUCUGGAGGGCCACCUGCAGAAGCUCCACAACACGCUGGUGUACCGGACUGGGCUAGAGGAAGUGUUCAAGGAUGAAGAGCUGUGGUGCUUCCGAGAUUUUAACCCUGGAGCCGAGCAUCACUACCUGGUUGUACCGAAUAUCCACAUAGACAGCUGUAUUUCACUCACGAAGGAGCAUGUGCCCAUGGCUUGCUGAAUCUUCCAUACCAGACCCUACGUCAUGUACUGUGUAAGCCUUCUUGCGCAUGUGCAUUUCAACAAGGUAAGUCAGUCACUUGAUAAAAGAAACAUACAAUUCCAGAAUGGCCCUAUGGGUUAUUCUUUGUUACAUCUUAAAAAGAUGAUUACUGAGGCCCAGACCCAGAUGAUUACUUGUAAGGGCUUCAGUGAGUCAGGUGAGUAUAAAUCCAGGGCUGAACUUUAUUCUGAACUCCAUGCCUUCUGAAGUAUCCAAAUGCAGUGGCUGUUCUGGCUGGUGUUAACAGCCAUGGGUUCCUCUGAACAGUUGUCCAAGGAUUCCAGAAUGAAGAUGGUUCGUUUCCACCAAGAAGAAAAAGGCUACAAAAACUCUCAAUGUUUCAAAUGACCUAAUUCCACUGUAAGAAACAUUAGAAAAUAGGAGAUAAAUGGAACAGUUGAAGUCACGGUCUGGAAGACCAAGAAAGAUUUCAGGUAGAAUGGCCUGGGAUGUGGUGAGAAAUACUCAGAAGAACCCACACUUGGAGGUGGAUCCAUUAUGCUUUGGGGUUGUGUGGCAGCUGGGGGCACAGGAAGUAUUGUGUGAGUGGAAGGAAGAAUGGAUUCCACCAAAUAUUAAGAUAUUUAUAGAGGCUAAUGUUCAAAGGUCAGCCCAGACAUUUAAUCAACUCAACUGGGGAUGGGCUGACAACCAACCGUACAUGGUAAAUGGUUGGCAUUUAUAUAGCGCCUUUAUCCAAAGCGCUGUACAAUUGAUGCUUCUCAUUCACCCAUUUUACACACACUCACACACCAACAGUGAUUGGCUGCCAUGCGAGGCACCGACCAGCUCGUCAGGAGCAUUUGGGGGUUAGGUGUCUUGCUCAGGGACACUUCGACACUGCCCGGGCGGGGGAUCGAACCGGCAACCCUCCAACUGCUCUUACUGCCUGAGCCAUGUCGUCCCACAUGACUGGGUUUGUGGAGGACACUUUCUUUCAGAUUACAGCAGUGCCAUCAGCUCAGAAUUGGCAGAAUCCAGUGGGACCCAGGUACACCUAUCUACUGUGCAAGUCUGGUCAGAGGUGGUCUUCAUGGAAGAAUUGCAGCCGAAAAGUCAUGCCUCCGACAUGGAAACAAGGCCAAGCGACUCAACUAUGCACGAAAACACAGGAGCUGGGGUGCAGAAAAAUGGCAGCAGGUUCUCUGGACUGAUGAGUCAAAAUGUGAAAUAUUUUGCUGUAGCAGAAGGCAGGGCUGGAGAGCGGUACAAGAAUGAGUGUCUGCAGGCAACAGUGAAGCAUGGUGGAGGUUCCUUGCAAGUUUGGAGCUGCAUUUCUGCAAAUGGAAAAGUACAGGCAGAUACUUAUCCAUCAUGCAAUACAAUCAGGGAGGCAUCUGAUUGGCCCCAAAUUUAUUCUGCAGCAGGACAACGGCCCCCAACAUACAGCCAAUGUCAUUAAGAACUAUCUUGCAUAAAGCAUAAAGAAGAACAAGGAGUCCUGGAAGUGAUGGUAUGGCUCCCACAGAGCCCUGAUCUCAGCAUCAUUGAGACUGUCUGAGAUUACAUGAAGAGACAGAAAUAUUUAAGGCUGCCUAAAUCCACAGAAGAACUGUGGCUAGUUCUCCAAAAUGUUUGGAACAACCUACCAGCCGAGUUCCUUCAAAUACUGUGUACAAGUAUACCUAGAAUCAUUGAUGCUGUUCUGCCCUCAGAAUUAUUUUCACAAUUUAUGAUGUUUUAAGUCAUUAAUGUUGUAUUAGAGUAUUUGCAUCACACACACUCAGUAACAGUUCUACGGAGAACCGGACCUUUAUUUUGAAGUGUGAUAGCGGGUUGCAUGUUUGUUUAUAUCCCUAGUAAUGGUAGCUACUGCAGCAGAAAGAUAUGGUCGCUCACAUGGUGAACAUCGUCAACUUUCUCACGCUCACGAAAGCAAUGGCUGUAAGUUUCACACUGUGUUUCAUGAUAUAAACAAACAUGCAUACGUAGCAUAAACUUGUAUAAGGUAAAGUUUGAUGGUUUAUUCUACUGGAUAGUUAUCCGUCCGUUAAUCAGUUAAUGUAAUGUGUGGACUCGCGUGUACAUGCUAGCAAUUGAUAGCAGGCUAGUCUAUUGUUUAUGUGAACGGGCUCAUUUUCGGCACGUAGUUUACGUUCAUAUAUUAAUAGCUGGAUGCAAUGCCGAUUAUUAGUAUCGUAAUUUGAUGUACAAGACAACUGAUUUUCUGUAUUAUUUCUG